AUCAACUUUUGUUUGGAGAGAGAGAAAAGAAAAGAAGAGAAGUAAAGAAAAGUACAGAAAAUGUAGUUGCAAAAUUCCGUAUGGAUUCGGGCGAUAACCACAAGGUGGGUUUGUUGUUAACAUAUGUCAAAAAAGUUGUAACCGACCUCUUCAAUCUGCCUCGACCCCUUUCCACCCAACCAAAAACCGAUCCAUGCGCUGCCCUUAACCCAGACCCCACCUCUCUCUCUCUUCUAUCCUCUCUCGAUCUCGAAGUUCCUUUGUCUGAUCUUCUUCUUCCUUUUUAAUGGGUUUGUUUUUGCUCACCGAUUGAUGGCACUGAGAUAGCACAUUUUCCAGAGAAUAUAAUGUGGGUUUGAAUUCAUUUUCUCGAGAAAAUUGGUGGUGCGAGGAAAUAAGGGUAAUUCUGUGAAGUGUUUGUAGAUAUGAUAUGAUAAAAGGGGUCUUUGAAGAUAGCGAAAUGUCUGAAUUGGUGGCCCGCACUGGUCGUCAUCAGCAGCGUUAUGAGGCUGGUUUCCGCCUCAUCGCCGGGUGUAUUCCUUUUAAGUACAUAAAUUCCUGUGAAACUAAUGGUGAUACAUCUGAGAAGGUUGUUGAGGUACUUAUGAUCAACUCAGCUAGUGGGCCAGGUCUUCUCUUUCCAAAGGGAGGUUGGGAAAAUGAUGAAACUGUUGAGGAGGCAGCACUACGUGAAGCUUUAGAAGAAGCUGGAGUUCGAGGUGAUUUACUGCAUUUCUUGGGGUAUUACAAAUUCAAAAGUAAGACGCUCCAAGAUGAGUUCAGUCCUGAAGGUUUGUGUAAAGCUUCCAUGUUCGCUCUGCUUGUGAAGGAGGAGCUUCAAUCUUGGCCUGAGCAAAGCACUCGGCAAAGAACAUGGCUAACGAUUCCCGAAGCCAUUGAGCGUUGCCGGCAUCCAUGGAUGCGAGAGGCUCUUGAGGACGGUUUUUCGAAGUGGCAUGCUGAUGGUAUGAUAACCACCAUGACCGAUGAGGAUCAUGUUGUUUCUUCAUCGCCAGAUCAGCAUUUUUUAAAUUCCUAGACGCUUAAGCGCACCUGUCUGAAGCUGAUUGUGGUGCGUUUUUUGUUAUGUUAAUUUCUAGUAUUAGAAGCCCCAGAGAAGAUACACUGUUUUUGUGUUUCUGACUCUUUGUUUUAAAUAUGUUUCAAUUAAUAGAUUAAAUAGACAUUUCAGAAAAUAUUCCCAGUACCCAUUUCAUUUCUUGCAAGAUUGAGAAUUGUGGCAGAGAAUCUUAGUAGGAUUCACCUUUUGAAUCGUAAUUAAGAAUCAUAUCCUCCGUACUGGGCUUUUGGAUGAUUAUUGGAAAAUUUUCAUUUUGGUUUGUUAA